AUGUUCUGGAAUUGGAACACCAUCGACACAUGUUUCAUCUCCAAAACCUGGCACAUUACCUCUGUCGGCAUGUUCGCAGGCUCCUGUAUCGCAGUCGUUGGCCUGGUCAUCCUCCUCGAGUUUCUCCGCCGCGCAGCCCGCGAGUACGACGUCUUCAUCCACCACCGGGCGUUGGCAAUCGCAAAGCCAGCCCCCGAACAAUCCACCCGCUACGUCCACCGCCCCAGUAUUCUCGAGCAGCUCAUCCGCGCGGUGCUGUAUACGGCGCAGUUCGCGGUGGCGUAUUUCAUUGUGCUCCUUGCGAUCACCUUCAACGGAUACAUUAUUAUCUGUGUCUUUGUGGGCGCGUUUCUGGGCGCGUUUGUCUUUUCGUGGGAGAUGGUGGGGGGAAGUGCGGGGGGGAGUGGAGGUGGAUCUGCUGGGUAG